AUGUUAGUAGUACGUGAUAAUUUGGCCACAGCGGCUAACCUAUGUAAAGAUAUUUGCGAUCUUAGUUGCCAGCCAGAGUUGGACGAUGAAUUAAGAAACAUUGGAAUAACCGGUGAGGAUGCUGUAGAAGCAAAAAAGGUUAUAAUAGAAUAUUUGGAAAAAGAUAAAGUUAAAGAGGAUAACUUGCUAAUUAAGCUGAUGAAGAAGACAAAUAUAGAUAAAGAUAAGUUACCAGCAGUUCAAAAUGCAGUAACAAGAGCUUUUAAGGGACGAAAUUUAAACCAAGCCACAUUCUUUGAUAUUAACAACAGCAAUAAUGCAGACGAGGCCACUAAAGCUGUCAAGCAUACUCUUGACUUGUACAGUAAAGCCGCUUCCAAUGUGGAACAUAAUCAGCAGGAGGAGAUUCAAGAUUUAUACACGUCGAACGACUGUACAUACAGUGAGACACAAUCAUUUACAUCUCCACCUUGUUCUUUCACACCAUUUUCUAUAACAAAAGAUCACUCAAUUGACAAUGGAUUGGAAAAAGAGCACCGCCUCAUUAAUUAUGAUCAAGGAUACAGUGAUAAACCAAUAUUUAAUAAACAACCAUCAAAGAAGCGAGUACACAUGCAUUUAUCUGAUACAGAAUGUGUUUUCGAUGAGAAAGUAUUAGAUGACUUUGAUAAAAGAGAAAUUGAUGAAAGCGUUCAACCGAUACCUGAAGAUAAUAAGAAAAUAUUGGAUCUAAUUGAUUAUGAUGAAAUGGUUGAAGAUGAAGCUGUAGACGCCGAUGAUGAAUCAGAAAUAUCAAUCGAAGAAGAGCAAUAUGAAUGA